UCAUUCUUGUGUUUCCUUUCUCUAUCCUACAGAUGAGUGAGCAUAGCAUGUGAAUACCCUCACCAAUCAUGGUCCUGUUCAUCAACAUCAACGUGGGUCAAAGGGUAGAGGUCAUCUACAAGGGUGAAGUUCUUGAGGGGACGGUGAAGUAUAAGGGAGGUCUGACCAAUACUACGGGAGACUGGGUCGGAAUCGAGCUAGAUGAACCGGUUGGUAAACACAAUGGUUUAUACAAAGGGAGGCAGUACUUCAGCUGCAGAAAUAAACAUGGCAUUUUCAUUCAUCCAUCUAGAAUCAGAUUCACUUUUACUAAGAGAGGUCUAUUUGAUACUUACAAGUCAGUAAGCCCGGAAUCAUCAGUUGAAGACACGCUUUUUACAACACAGAAGCCCAAGGUGUUGGAUUACUUUGAUGGGAGAUCCGUGGCUGAAUCCUACUUGAAUACAGCAAGAAGCGGAUUUGAAGAUGAUUCAGAUAUGUGGUUUGCAGGCAAGUCUGCUAGACUCCAUUCCAGGAGCUACAGCGAGUCAUCCACCCCAACCUAUAACCUAGGUCAUCCCAUCGGAGGCCGUGCGAAGCUCAGGAAAGACACCAACGAUGAACGGGACGAGCGUCUAAGGAUACGUCCAAAGUCCGCUCUCGGGUCAACGACGCAAAACCUAUCGGCAAGAAGCCUGAAUUACUCGAUGCUUGGCCAUACAAGGCCCAUGUCCGGGAGACUGAGUGCCUCGUUUGAUAAAGAGACUGGAAGGGCUUCUGUUCUUGGGAGGUCCUUCGGUGGUGAGGAGGAUGUGCCUUUCAUCUCGACGCCGUCCAUACCCAAAACCCACAUGCCGCACACGGCGCUGAGGAAGCAGGAGGUCGUCGGAUGGGGUCUGACGCAUAGACCAAGAGAGUGGACAUUGUAGUCUGAUCUAAGGCCAUCUUUUUGUGAUGCUGUAACUGCGAUGCCCGCAUGUCCAAUCAGAUACAAAACUAUGUCCUGGGCCCAUAACACAAAAAAUAGCGAUUAAUCGAUAAUUUGAAAGAAGAAUUUGGAUUUGUUCCUCGUCUGUCUGCUGAGCAAAAUGCGCAUGCAACAAGUCUAGACGGGCCAUUUCAUUUAGCGAUUAGUCUGUAACCUUUGUGUUAUGGGGCCCUUGUCGCAUUAGCAUCACUUCAGAAACUCGUUCACCGUAGUACAUGGAUAUGCUGUAGCAUACGCAUGAAUAGGAGAGUGUUGGAGAUGAGCGAGUCUUUUAGUAAGGUGACUUGACAUAUCUGCCAAGGAGAGGCUGGGACACGGCAGUUUCAGGAUCCCCAAUAGAGGGCCAAGUAUACAAAUCUCCAGUUGGAGUGAUUAUACAGUGCAUCUCAGAAAAAGGAAACUGAGAUUACAAUUUUUUUUU